AUGUUGCUUCACGGUUUCGCCCUCCUCGCCUUGCUGGCCCUGAUGCAACUUGCGAUAUGCGCCGAGGACUACUACAAGAUUCUUGGUGUCCAUAAGCAAGCCACGGACAAGCAACUCAAGACAGCAUAUAAGAAGCUUGCGGUUCGAUUCCAUCCCGACAAGCACGGUGGAGAUGAAGAAGCUCAUCGCAGACUUGUCGAGAUUUCUGAGGCAUACGAAGUCUUGAGCGACGCCGGUCUUCGCGAUAUUUACGACCGCCACGGCCACGAAGGCGUCCUGCAACACAAGAACGGCGGCCAAGGCGGCGGCGGCUUCCACGACCCCUUUGACCUGUUCAGUCGAUUCUUCGGUGGACAUGGCCAUUUCGGCCAUUCCUCCCAAGAACCCCGCGGCCAUAACGUCGAUGUGAAGAUGAAGAUUUCUCUUCGCGACUUCUACAAUGGUGCCACGACCGAGUUUCAGUGGAACAGGCAGCACAUAUGCGAGACCUGUGAGGGAACAGGCAGUGCAGACGGCCAAGUCGAUACGUGCUCAGUUUGCGGGGGACAUGGCGUUCGCAUUGUCAAGCAACAGCUCGCUCCAGGCAUGUUCCAGCAGAUGCAGAUGAGAUGCGAUGCAUGUGGAGGUCGUGGCAAGAGCAUCAAGAACAAGUGUCCCGUUUGUAAUGGUCAGCGAGUCGAGAGAAAGCCAACGACUGUCACUCUCAAGGUUGAACGGGGUGCCGCUCGCGACUCCAAGGUUGUAUAUGAAAACGAAGCCGACGAGAGCCCCGACUGGGUUGCCGGCGACCUCGUUGUUACUCUUGCGGAAAAGGAACCUGCGCCCGAAGAUAACCCCGAUAAAGUAGACGGUGUCUACUUUCGCCGCAAAGGCGAUGACUUGUACUGGACUGAAGUGCUGUCCCUCCGCGAGGCGUGGAUGGGUGGCUGGACGCGCAACAUUACUCAUCUCGAUUCCCAUAUUGUCCGUCUCGGCCGAACUCGCGGCCAAGUGGUACAGAGCGGCCACGUCGAGACUAUCCCCGGCGAAGGCAUGCCUAAAUGGCACGAGGAUGGCGAGAGCCCGGACCACCAACACGAAUUCGGGAAUCUCUACGUCACAUAUGAGGUUAUUCUCCCAGACCAGAUGGAUAAAAAGAUGGAAAGCGACUUUUGGGAUUUGUGGGAAAAGUGGAGGGCAAAAAAGGGCGUCGACUUGCACAAGGAUAGUGGGCGACCGGAGUCGCCAAUAGCGCGAGAUGAGUUAUGA